AGCGGUUGAUGUGUCUUUCCAAGGCCCCCGCAAAGUUCAACUCUAUGAGAUGCAAGUUGGGACUGCAACGUCGGUUCUAAAUCCUACUUCGGAAUAUUUGAAUAGUCAAGGGACAUGGGUCACGUAUAUUUUGGUGAUUCUGGUAGUGCACUUCAUUUUACUAUGCAUCCCACUCUUCACUACCGCUGUUGUUUGGACGUUGACCUGUACUUUUCACAAUGUUGUUAUGUAUCGUUUGUUACACUGGGAGAAAGGAAGCCCGUAUGAAACAUUAGAUCAAGGAGAAUCUCGUGUUCUCACUCAAUGGGAGCAGUUUGAUGAUGGUGAACAAUUUUCACCGACAAAGAAAUUCCUCUUAGUUGUCCCGAUUGUUUUGUAAGUCCCAGUUACAACGUCCCCAUGUAAUUCUGCUUAUUUCUUCAUACCAAUAGUAGUUGAGACCUUUUUUGUUGUCGAUAAAUUUCACUUUAAAUUUUGUUAAAGCAGAGGCGACAAAAUGUUAGUUUAUUACACACAACAUAGCAGCUGACACGGAUUUGUAUUGGUUCAAUUUAACACAUCACGCGUAGAGAUUGAUAAAAUGAAAAACAGUGGUGAGAACAACACUAUGCUAUUGGACUGUUACAUAGAUGGAGUGAAUAGACGCAACAUGAUAUCACUCAGAUUCCUGCAAACUGAUUUCUACCAGUCGUAAAAUUAUAGGCCAAGUGCACAUCGUGAUAUUCACAACUUAUACAUAGUCAUUACCCAGUUCUUUUAUUCCUUUUCAUAUUUAUUAUCAAGGUUCAUUUGUAAACGUAGACAACAAAAUUUAUUUGUGGUCACUUAUUUUUAUCUUGAAUGGUAAUUUGUUUUAUACUGUGACUUUGUAUUUAAAGCACUUAACUCUUAACCACUAAAUUACGCCUGUUACUUCUUGUAGAGGAAAAUGAGCCGCCCACCAGCAUUAUCCAUCGAAUUCAUUCAUGGGCAAUCCUUUAUAGUUGCUCUUCAUCCUUUUCAUGUCUGCUUCCGAUUCCCGACAUAGUGUGUUCUUAGAUCUUCCUCUUUUCCGUCUCCCUUCAGGAUCCCAAGUUGUACUUGCCGCGUGAUUCAGUCUGAUGAUUUCCUCGAUGUAUGUCCUAUCCACUUCCAACGUCUUCUUUUAAUUCCCUCCUCAACUGGAAGUUGAUUUGUUCUCUCUCACAGUAGGCUGUUACUGAUGGUAUCCGGCCAACGGAUACUAAAUAUCUUGUGUAGACAAUUGUUUUUAAAUACUUGUACAUUUUCGAUGAUGGUUGUGAUAGUUUUCCAAGUUUCAGCUCCAUACACUAGAACUGUCUUCACGUUCAUAUUAAAGAUUCUGAUUUUGAUAUUGGUUGACAAACAGUUGUUUCGAGUUCCAUAUGUUCUUCAACUGUAGAAAUGCUGCCCUAACUUUGCCAACCCUUACGUUUGCGUCUGCAUAGAUGAUGCUAACCAGGUAUGUGAAAGUUCCACCAAGUGUGAUUGGGUUGGUAUUCUCCGUGUUGUAUUUAAGGAUUCUGCUUUCUCUUUUGUGUAUGUUGAGGCCUACUGCUGAAGAGGUAGAGGUCUCUGCUACACUGGUUGUCAUGACCUGCAUUCGUUGAUUUCAUCUGCGAAGUCCAAAUCGUCUAGUUUCAUUCAAGUUAUCCAUUGUGUUCAGUGCUUUCCCUCAAAUGUCGAGGUCUUCAUAAUCCAGUUGACCAUCAGAAGAAAGAAGAAGGAGGAGAGUAUGCAGCCUUGUCUGACUCCGCUCCUCAUUUGGGAUGCAUCUGUCAGCUGUCCUCCGUGCACCACUUUGCAGUGUAGUCCGUUGUAUGAAUCAUAGAUGAUGCUGACGAUCUUCUCAGUAACCUCACAGUGUCGAAGAAAGCUCUAUAAGGUCCUCAUAUCCACAUUGUCAAACACCUCAUAGUCAAUGAAGUUUAUGUAUAAUGACGAAUUCCAUUCAAUUGAUUGCACAUAGGUUUCCAAAUCUCUCACCAUUUUUGUUUCUUUCUCCUAGUCCACGUCAUCCCAUGACGUCUUCAUAUCCUGUGUUGUCCAUUCCAGCCUUGGCAUUUAGGUCUCCCAUCAGAAUGGUCAAGUCCUUUGUUGGACACUUCUCGACGAUUGACUGCAGCCUAUUGUAGAAUUGAUCCUUAACGUCUUCAUUGUAGUCGUUGGUAGGCGCAUGGCAUUGGAUGACGUUCAUUGUAAUACCCUCUUUCUUUGUUUUGAAGGAGGCUUUGAUGAUCCUUAGUCCAUGAGAUUCCCAUCCUAUAAGUGCAUGUUCUGCUUGUUUGGAUAGCAUAUAUGCAACUCCUUGUGUAUGUGGGACAUUUUCUUCUUCAUGGCCGGAGGAAAAUAGAAGUUUCCCUGAAGCUAGUCGUUGUAGUCCAACUUGCGCCCAAUAUGUUUCACUGAUUCCAAGCACCUCCAGGUUGUACCUCUUCAUUUCUGCAGCGAUUUGGAAGACUCUCUCGGUCUCUCACAUUGUACGCGUAUUCUAUGUACCUAAAUAAAUGGUUGCUCUGGUUGUCAGAAGAGGCAUCAGCCUCGUGACUUCCGAAGGAACUCGACUUUCACUAUGAGGCUUCAUAACUCUUCUAAAUGAAGACCUUCUAACUCCCGGGACAGAGUUUAAAUGGUUUGAAUUAUUUUUUCUGGUUAGCGUUUCUUUAUCGAGUUAGUUUUUUACGGGGUGGGGUCGCUAACCCCAUGUCCAACCCUCCUUUAUCCGGGCUUGGGACCGGCAGUAGCCCAAGAAGGGCUCCAAACGGAGUUACGUUGCGGAGUAACGUAAGAAAAUUAAUUUCACUGGUUGUUUUUGUCAUCAAAUAUUAUUGCAGCUCAAUAUUUAGCUUCAAAAAGUUUGUUUUAAAAAAUGGAAAUCAGUGAUCCUGUUCGAAAUCAUGCAUCAUAUCAUAAGUCUUACUUAGCUUGUGCGUAAAGCAAGUGACUUAUUGGUUGGAGCACUCGACGUUCAGGAAUGUCAUAACAGACAAAGCACUACUGUGCCUACUUCACUCUGGACUGCUAGAUAGUGUAACCCAAUGCUAAACACACGAAUUUGUAACUGGAUACUGAGCUACGUUAAAUUUAUGCUACAUAAAUUCUUAGCCAUAAUUUAACUUCUGAAGAUGUCAGCCGGUUAUACAAGCCUGAUCUAAGUAAAACAAAUCAAGAGGAUAGAUUUUAGACAUUUGUAUGUUCAGUAGGAGUUAUCAUGAAAUGUUGAUCGUCCUUCUCUUAAUUAGUCGGUAAUUGUGAACGAAUCUGAAGUGUACGACAGGUUGUGCCUACAAAUUUGCUUAGAAACUAUUAUGUUCCGACUGUUAUUAGGAUAACAUUCGUAGACAAUAAUCAGGCCAUUGAAGUCAGUCUUUUAAAAUAGUGACGCUAGUUAAAUUGUCAACAUCCCUGAAUACACGUAGCGGACCGGGGUAUUACUGACAUAGUAUACCAUGGAUACUGGCAAUCCUUCGAAGAUGACGAUCACCGGGCACAGUGAGUCACAGAAUAUCUCGGCCCUGGAGAGAAAAUCAUGAUAACAAGGAGGAGAAGAGGACUUGCUCCAUUAUCACAUAUGUAAAUACAGAUUUAAAAAUAAAAUCGUAAAUAAAGAUUACCAUUAAUUCACACGAUCUGUUUAACCUGCAUAUAGGUCCGUAAAAGAGAAAAAAUCUAUGCAGGUUAUUGGAAUAUCUUUUAUUUAGUUGAAGCAAGUGAGAGAAAGAGAUUAUAAAACAACUUAAGUAAUUUCCAAGAAGCAAAAUAAACACCUUCUUAACAAACUUUUUUUUAACAAGUACAUACAAAUGCAUUACUGAUAAAAUUCGUUUGCAUUAAAUAUCCAACUUUUAAUAUGUUUUAUGUGCACCGUUUAUAUAUGUAUGUAAAGUUUUAAUGCCUUCAUGUAAAUAAUUAAUAAAUGACAUUUUCUCAGUCACUUAAACAUUAUCCCUUCAUAUGAUGGUGGUAGAAGGUAGUCGACAGGAAACCCUGGACCUGGGUUUCAUGCCAACUGACACUCGUCAACAAGGUGUGCCUGUAAUCUUGAGGGAACUGAUGCCUCCUGACGGAUUCGAUCCCGUGUCACCCAGCUUCACAGUCAGAGACGUUACCACUGGGUUAUCUGGGCCGCGACUGACCUGUAGGACUGAGAUGUAUGUACAACUGAUUGAUCACUGGCUGGUGAUCAAUGUCAUGUUUGUCAGGUGAAAAAUCAACUAUUUCAAAGUAGGCAUUGUCUUUCAAACCAACUUUUUUAACUGUUUAGAACUUGGUUUACGUACAACUAUCUGAAUAUGGGCUUUACUUAUAGAUUGCUAUCAAUCCAGACUAUCCAGUAGCUACAUUUUAGACAAAUGAGAACUUCGAGUUUUUUUCCAGUGUUUGUUUUUAACGCGAAUAGCACAUUAAUCGAAAAUGAUCAAAGUCAUCUCAAAAAGAACAUUCACGCCUACACCAAACAGUUAUUACACAAAAUAUAAAAUACGAGUGACACAGUUACACUUAUAUAAGAUAGAGAGAUAAUAUCUUAUCGAUUGCUAGUCCAUACAAUAAAAAAAAUCGUAAGCAACAAAUUUCAAUCAAAUAAGGUCAGUGGUGACUGUGUUAACACAAUUAUCUGGGUGAUUUGACUAUGAAACUUAUCUAACAAAUACACUUAAGCACCUUCAAUACUCCCUCUUAAUUCAUUGAUUUACUAUACUUACUAACCAGUAGGACAGUAGUGGUGUUCAUUCACUCACAUUUUAUUCUCAAGAGGUCAUUUUUGUAAAAAUACUAUAAUGUAUAUCCAGACUACUUUUUGUAUUUGUCUGUUAUUAUUAUGUAUUGUAAAGGUUAAACUGCUCACUAUUUUGACAAUGUUAUUUUGUGAGGUGAACAACACAUUAAAACUAUGCUUUAAUAGAAGAUUAAAUCUCUUUUUAAAAGAAAACGUAUAAAGACCAAUAAAUGACAUUUGUUUGUUCUAUAAAUCAUCAUCGUCAAUGGAAAAUUCUAAAACAGCAAGGUUCUUUUUUAGCAUAAAAAUAACUCAUUUCACAGAUAUAACCUGGCUGGCCGCCUGUCUAAACUAUAUACUUAUGAUCGAAUAGUUCAACUUUCAACCAAUUUGCCUGCACGUCCAACUCUUUCAGUCAGUCAAUCGUUAUAGCUGACUGACUCUCCCCCUCUACCUGCCUACUUAAAUUGAAACAAGCUGGUAGAUAUUAUUAACAGUCUUUAUGUGUGCACAUGUGAAAAGUGUGCUUUAAAAUUGAACUACACUAAUUCUUGUAUGUGGAUCGCACAUUAAAUGGUAAUCGCUAUCAGAAUGUGUCUGAAUUUUAUCGGUCAAACACAUAGCUCAGUUUUAUGUAUAAACGUUUUUUUUUUAAGUGACCCUCUCAGUUGCUUUUAAGUCUUUGCUUUUUUUGCAAUUCUUAUUUUUAGAUUCUUACUUGCAAGUUUCUACACAGAAUACGAUCCUCUUCAUUGUUUUAUCAACGCAUCGUCAAUGAUUGUUCUAGCCGUACUUCCUAAGUUGCCUCAGUUUUAUAGGGUUCGUUUUUUUGGUAUCAAUCGUUGGUAGUCCCAUUUUUUCUUAUGUUCACAUCCUUAUAUUAAUAAAAACAAUAAUAGUAACAAUUAAAUUACAUUCGAUGUUUUGUUUCCUCCUCUGUAUUCGGUUUAUUGUAUUACAGUUGGAAGAGAGAAAAAAGGACAUUUCACCCCUUCCACUUCGAAAAGUGCACAGAUAUCAGAUAGUAAUUGUCGACUUCUCUUUUUUUACUUUGUGAUAUUGUGUUCAACCCCUCCUACAUACACUUAUGUGAUAUCUUACCAAAAAAUUGUUCUUUAGAUAUGUACGCUGGGUAUGUGUUUUUCUACUUUUAAAAAGUUUUUUUACUACCGUUUUUCAAGUUUCUAAUUAAUAUUUGUACCUUUAUAUUAAGCUGUUGAUGUGUUUUUUCCUUUCUAUCUCUGUAUCAAAUUCACUUCUAAUUGGAAUAUAAUUAUCGUUAGUGUUA